GCUUCGUCAACAUCCGCCUUCUGCUGUUGGCAAGAGCUUUCCCAACUUCAGCUGCCUCCUCCACCCACCGACUCGUUUUUGCGGCCACACGUUAGACGACCACGAUAUCAUUUACUCAUAGGCCCUCUUUUCUUGAAUUUCCAUUACAUCUUUCCCAUCGCCCAACAACACAAUGGACCGGUUCAGGAGCAUGUUGUCUGGUGGUGCGGGCAUGGGCUUAGGCGCCGCGCCAGGAACGGAUAACACGAACCUGAUCGACAACUCCGAGACCGUGUACAUUUCCUCCCUUGCCCUCCUCAAGAUGCUCCGCCAUGGCCGCGCCGGUGUUCCCAUGGAGGUCAUGGGUCUCAUGCUGGGCGAGUUUGUCGAUGACUUCACUGUUAAAGUGGUGGACGUGUUUGCCAUGCCGCAAAGCGGUACGGGAGUUAGUGUCGAAGCCGUCGACCCAGUUUUCCAGAUGAAGAUGAUGGACAUGCUUCGACAAACAGGAAGGCCCGAGUCCGUCGUCGGGUGGUACCAUUCGCAUCCAGGCUUUGGUUGCUGGCUCUCGUCGGUUGAUAUUAACACCCAGCAGAGUUUUGAGCAGCUUACACCCCGCGCCGUCGCCGUGGUCGUCGAUCCUAUUCAAUCUGUCAAGGGGAAGGUUGUCAUCGAUGCGUUCCGGCUUAUCAACCCUCAGUCCCUUAUGCUGGGCCAGGAGCCCCGCCAGAGCACGUCCAACCUGGGCCACCUCAACAAACCGUCGAUCCAAGCCCUUAUCCACGGCCUCAACCGGCAUUACUACUCGAUCGGCAUCAACUACCGUAAGACGGCACUCGAAGAGAACAUGCUCAUGAACCUCCAUAAGCACGUGUGGACCGAGGCGCUGGAGAUGGACGACUUCCGGACAGACGGCCAGCAAAACAAGGAGCACUUGGAGCGGCUGGUCAGCUUGGCCGAGGGCUAUGAGAAGCGAGUCAAGGAGGAGACGGAGCUCACGAAGGAGCAGCUCAAGACACGCUACGUUGGCAAGCUGGAUCCCAAGAAGCAUCUCGAGGACGUCGGCCAGCAGCUGAUCGAGGACAAUAUUGUCGCUGUUUCUCGGCAAAUGAUUGACAAGGAAGCAACAAUGCCGAAGAAGGAAGCGCCAGCCGGGGCGACCGGGCAGAGCAAUGGCGAACAGAUGGAGAUGGACGAGGAAUUAUGAGCUGCUUUAGCUUAGUUUGGGCACUGGUCAGGAUCAUGGGGCUGAUUCCCAAUAUCAGACUUGUAGGAUUAGGCGUUGGGCGAUGCUUGAACAAGCUCUAGCUAGACCUAUAGCCGUGUACAUGUUACCCUCAACACUGCGUUUCCUGGUUUCUGACUGGUCCGUAUCCCCCUUUGUUCAGUGUGGAAACUGACGGGCCAAACAGCGUCGAUAUUGAGGCGACAUCCUCUUUGUGU